AUGAGGUGUAAAUGUAAUGCUGACUGUCUCUCCAAUUAGACACUCAGGAAUAUCACAUGUUAAUUACAGUUACAAAACGCCUUAUAUGUGUAUAUGAAGAGAGGAAAUGAUGGAGAAGUUGCGGUUUGAUAAGAUGGUGGCAGUGGCGGUGGCUGCGGUGGUGGCGGUGACGGCAAUGGUUGUGAUGGGAGAAGACCUCCAUAGAGUUGGAGGUUCUAAAGGAUGGCGUCCUGAUGUCAACUACAGUGAUUGGUUUGCUCAUGAGAAGACUGUUUAUGUUGGUGAUUGGCUUAUAUUCUAUUUUGACAAGCGAUACUACAACGUUCUGGAAGUGAACAAGACAAGUUACGAGAAAUGCAUAGACAGAGAUUUCAUUAAGAACGUGACACGUGGCGGCCGCGACGUGGUCCAUUUGACGGAGCCGAGGGCCUACUACUUCCUCUCCAGCGGAGGAUACUGCUUCCAUCAAAUGAGAGUUGCCAUCAACGUUGUUGCCAAAGAUGAGAGAAAAGACCAACCUGCCCCCAUUCUUGCAACUGCAUCCCCAUCAGCACCUUCUCAAUACUCUGCCUCUUCCACUAUUAUGUUCACAUGCAUUUGGAUUGUUCUUGUUAAUGUGGUUUAUGUGAGUUUGUUUAGUGAGAAUUAUUAGUGCAAACAUUGUUUUAUCAAAAUUUUUAU